UUGUUGAAUGUGAACAAUUUCGUAGACCAAAACUGUCAGAAGUUCCAUACAUUCUCUCUCUAACCUUUUCAAUCAUCCAAAAUUCCAAAAGCAAAGUCUUUCUUUCAUAAUUGUUUACAUUUUUUUUUUUUUUUUCCACUGCUCCGAACAAACAUAGGCGAAAAUGUCACAUUUUUUUGUGCAAACAAAAAUGAAAUGAAAGCAAAUCGAGCUACACAGAAGAAUCUUGUUGUUCUUCUUCAAUUGCUUUUAACAUGGGUCAUUUCCUUUCACUCUUCUUCUUUGCUUUUCUGCAAAGUUUCUUCCUCGUUAAUGGGGAUAAUGACAAUCUCACUCACCCGCCAUUAGUGCCCAUCAACCGCGAUCUCUACCAUUCCAGUGGUGAUUUGAUGGAGAUGAUAAAUGGUUUGGUCCAUCGGCACCCGGAUAAACUCACUAUGGAAACAAUUAAAUCUAUAAAUAAGGGCUACCAGGCAGAGAUCUCAGUGGUCACAUAUUGCAGAGGAAGGAAAGAUAAUGAUGACAGCUCAAAGUUUCGGAUCCUUCUUAGUUUUGGUCAGCAUGGAAGGGAACUCAUUUCAACUGAACUUGCUUUCCGGAUUUUGUCAAUCUUAAGUGAAGAGCAGUUUCUACCCAACGUGGACUCAGCUUCUCUAAACAGUACCCUUGACAAGCUUGUCAUAAAGGUAGUACCAAUGGAAAAUGUGAAUGGUCGCAAGAUUGUUGAAGCAGGGGAUCUUUGUGAGAGGAGAAAUGGGAGAGGGGUUGAUCUCAACCGAAAUUGGAGUGUUGACUGGGGCAAGAAGGAGAAGGACUAUGAUCCGUAUGAGGAAAAUCCUGGUACUGGUCCUUUUAGUGAGCCGGAAACUCAAAUAAUGCGGAAACUUGCUAUAUCUUUUGAUCCACAUGUAUGGGUUAAUGUGCACUCUGGAAUGGAGGCUCUCUUUAUGCCAUAUGACCAUAGAAACACUACACCUGAUGGAGUUUCUUCACACCAGAUGAAACUGUUGCUUGAAGAAGUGAACCAUCUUCAUUGCCAAAACCGUUGCAUGACUGGGUCAGGUGGAGGCUCCGUGGGGUAUUUGGCACAUGGGACAGCAACGGAUUACAUGUAUGACAUUAUAAGGGUGCCCAUGGCGUUCACAUUUGAGAUAUAUGGAGAUGGAGCAGCCUCGUCCAAAGACUGCUUUAAAAUGUUCAAUCCCACUGACCUCACUACCUUCAAUAGAGUUCUCAAUGACUGGUCUGCUGCAUUUUUCACUAUUUUCAAAUUGGGUCCACAACAACUCGGUGAAGUCCAUUCAAAGGUGCAUUUGCCCAACAUGCAGACGGAGGAAUCCAUCGAUGAGUAUCUCAAUGGGUAUUUGAUGCAGAGGAGCAGUAGGCAUGGGAAAAAGAUGGAGGUGCUCGAUGUUGGGCUGCAAGAGAUGAGAACGUAUUUCAGGCUCUUCUUGCUGUCCUCAGCAUUGUUAUUAUUUAUGUUCUGUUCCAGAAUUGCAAAAAGCAAGUCUAGUCGACCAGUUCUUCCAGCUAUGCCUCUCUGACAUUUUACGUUGAUGAGCGGCACACAAAAUAGUGAUUUAUGUUAAAAUUUUGACAAAGAUGUAAGUUAGUACAGUCUAUAUACAACAAAAAUAUUCCUUAACCCAUAAUGCAAUUGCUUAUUUUGUAGCACAGCUCAUUUGAAGACCUAAACCACCAUUGUUGCCA